AUGGCGUCCACCGAAAAUGUGAGCAACACUUUGGGCGCUAUCUUGGUGGGCUGCCUGUUUUCCACGGUUCUUUCAAGCUUAGUAGGCGUCCAGACUUUCUACUACUUCCGUGUGUACACAAAAGACACGUUCAGGCUCAAAGCCAUGGUCAUUGGCAUCUGGUUCCUUGAUGCUGCACAUACCAUCCUCGCUUGCGCGUCGACCUGGGAUUACUUGAUUGUCAAUUUCGGGAACGAGAGUGUUGCAGACAACAUCCCUAUUACCAUUGGGCUCACAAUCGCCAUCACGGCGUUUCUGACAUGGGUGGUCCAUCUGUACUUCUGCUUCAGAGUCCUCAGAUUCAGCCAAGGAAACUGGUACCUCGGUGCUCCCCUAAUCGCGUUGACGUUCGCUCGACUCAUCGCUGCAUCCAUAACCACAGCCGAAAUUGCUUUUACCGUCCUGUCCAUGAUCUGCUGGAUUGUCAUGCCCAACAACUUAAUCUACUUCGGAUUCCAUCUUGCUAUAAGCAAACUCUACGCCAACUCACUGCUUGCGACGUUGAACACCCGAAGGACUCUGCGCGGACGCUUUGAUAAAUCUUCAGAACCAGGCGCGGGCGAUCAUCCACUCCCUGUCCUCUUCCCUUCGACUCUCAGCCGUCACGGUCGUAACGAGAACAGUGGCUUCAACAGAUCACGAUGCGAGGAUGAACGGACGCCAAGCAAGCUCGAAAUCGGUGUCGAGAAGACUGUCCAAUACGACGUCGACGGCGUCACCAUCGAUCUCUCGCAGCACGCCCCUCGUCCCAGCCGUAACCCGAGUACAUCUGCCAAAUAG